CCCUAACUGGGUGCGUUUAGGAGAACUUGAUUAUGUUUCAAAUAUGGAUGAUGCUUUGCCGCAAGAUAUUGAAAUCAAAAAUUUUAUACCUCAUCCUCAAUAUCGCGCUACUAAACGGACGCGCUACCAUGAUAUUGCUUUGAUUGAAUUGGCAAAAGAGGCAACCUUUAACGAUUACGUACGUCCUGCCUGUCUACCUCUAGUAGAUGACAAUGAUUUCCAACAAUUUCUGUCUGCCGGCUGGGGUUAUCCUCCAUCAGAACCUUCAUCCCAUUUACAUAGGGUGCAACUAAAUCGCCUUGAUUUCGACAAAUGUUUUGAAAAAGUCACACGGGAAGACUAUGAAGAAGGUAUUAACAAUCGUACAAAUAUGUGUGUGAUCCCUUCUACUGACGACAUUGGCAAUUGCGCUGGAGAUGGCGGUGGUCCCGUUUUCGUUACCCAUCCAGAGUAUCCCUGUCAAUUUCUCAUAGUCGGCAUUGUGUCACACAGUGAACGCGUUUGCGGAACAAAAGACAAUCCAGCUAUUUGCACCAGAGUCAAACUAUAUAUUGAUUGGAUACAACGUAUCGUUUGGAAUUGA